UGAUUUUGACAUUAGGUCGCCGGACUGUAAAUAAGUUAGAAGAAGAUUUUAGUUUGUUUAUUGAAAUGCUUUAGAAUAAAAAUAUUUGUGAAAUUUUUAUAAAAUGGAUAGCGAACCGAAGACAGAACCAAAGGAUGUGCCCGCUCGUCCAUUUAAAUUGGCGCACCAAAUUGUGAGUUUGACCGGAAUCAGUUUCGAGCGGAAAAGUAUAAUUGGUGCAGUGGAGUUAACCAUAGUGCCAACUAAAGAGAAUUUACGUCUUAUAAGGUUGAAUGCAAAGCAGUGUCGUAUUUAUCGCAUUUUGUUAAAUGAUGUUUGCGAAGCGGAGUUUUUUUAUUUUGACCCAUUCCUGGAUAUUUGCCAAGGAGACACGAAAGUGAGAUCCUUAGAUGUGUAUUCCAAAAACCAUCUCAGUGCCGCACAGAAAACCGAUCCCGAUGUCAACUGUGGUGAACUGUUGAUACAAAUACCACCGGAAGGGUAUCACAUGAUCCAAGAAGGACGGGGAUUACGUAUCGGCAUAGAAUUCUCUAUGGAAGACCCACAGGGCGGUAUACACUUUGUGAUACCUCCAACAAGUGAAGACGACCAGCAACCCAAUAGUGCACAUAUGUUCACCUAUGCAUACGAAAAUUCAACUCGCUUAUGGUUUCCCUGUGUUGAUAGCUUUGCAGAUCCCUGCACAUGGAAACUCGAGUUCACCGUGGAUAAACACUUGACGGCUGUGUCGUGUGGCGAACUUGUGGAAGUGGUAAUGACGCCUGAUUUGAGGCGAAAAACAUUUCAUUAUUCGCUCACAACACCUGUUUGUGCGCCCAACAUCGCCUUGGCAGUAGGCCCAUUCGAGAUCUACGUAGAUCCUCACAUGCACGAGGUUACUCACUUUUGUCUACCACAGCUCUUACCACUUUUGAAAAAUACAGUGCGAUAUCUGCAUGAAGCUUUCGAAUUUUUCGAAGAAACACUUUCCACCCGGUACCCCUUUUCCUGCUACAAACAGGUUUUUGUAGAUGAACUAGACACCGACAUCAGUGCUUAUGCUACUUUAAGCAUAGCUUCUGUGCAUCUCAUGCAUUCCAUUGCUAUUAUCGACCAGACCUAUAUAACGCGCACACUAAUGUCACGCGCAAUUGCCGAGCAGUUCUUCGGGUGCUUCAUCACAUCGCAUCAUUGGUCCGAUACUUGGCUGGCAAAAGGUAUUGCCGAGUAUUUGUGUGGUCUGUAUUCACGAAAGUGUUUUGGUAACAAUGAGUAUCGCGAGUGGGUUCAAUCGGAGUUGGCGCGAGUAGUGCAUUAUGAGGAGCAGUACGGUGGCAUUAUACUUGAUUGCAGCCAGCCACCAGCGCCACUGCCGGUGUCCAGUACGAAUCCAGCUAGCGCCACCAGCAAGCAAACUGAAAUUGUGCAUUAUUUCCCCAUAAAAAGUUUACAUACAGUUUCGCCAAAAUUCGUGGAAGCCAUGAGACGCAAGGCACAUUUGGUCAUACGAAUGUUGGAGCACCGCAUUGGUCAGGAGCUGCUGAUACAAGUUUUCAAUAAACAAUUGGUGCUGGCAACCAAUGCGGCGGUGACCAAAAUCGGCUCGGGCUUGUGGCAUCAUCUACUUAUUUCCACUAAUAUAUUCAUCAAAGCGAUAUUCACUGUAACCGGUAAGGAUAUGUCAGUUUUCAUGGAUCAAUGGGUCCGAACUGGAGGGCACGCGAAGUUCUCUUUCACAUCGGUGUUUAACCGAAAGCGCAACACUAUUGAGUUGGAGAUACGGCAAGAUUUCGUGAGCCAGCGUGGUGUUCGCAAAUACAAUGGCCCAUUGCUGGUGCAGCUUCAGGAAUUGGACGGCACCUUCAAGCACAUGUUACAGAUCGAGAAUACCGUGGUGAAGGCAGACAUCACUUGUCACUCGAAGAGUCGACGAAACAAAAAGAAGAAAAUUCCACUCUGCACGGGCGAGGAAGUCGAUAUGGAUCUGUCGGCAAUGGAUGAUUCGCCUGUACUUUGGAUUCGGCUAGAUCCGGAAAUGAUUUUGAUUAGAGAUUUGAACAUUGAACAGCCAGAUUUCCAAUGGCAAUACCAACUGCGCCACGAGCGCGAUGUAACAGCACAGUUCGAGGCAAUAAAAGCCCUGGAGAAAUAUCCCACCAAUGCCACGCGCUCCGCACUAACCGAUACAAUUGAAAAUGAACGCUGCUUCUAUAAAGUUCGUUGCGAAGCAGCACACUGUCUUACUAAAGUGGCCAAUCAAAUGGUGACGCAAUGGAGUGGACCCCCUGCUAUGUUGAACAUCUUCCGGAAAUUCUUUGGCUCGUUCAGUGCUCCUCAUAUCAUCAAACAGAAUAACUUUUCCAACUUUCAGUUGUAUUUUUUGCAAAAGGUCAUACCGGUGGCAAUGGCAGGUUUACGCACGUCCCAUGGCAUUUGUCCGCCUGAAGUUAUUCGUUUCCUGCUGGAUCUCUUCAAAUACAACGACAACACGCGGAACCACUAUUCGGAUGUUUACUAUCGUGCGGCUUUAGUAGACGCAUUGGGAAACUCAAUCACACCGGUGGUUUCUGUUGCACUCCGCGGCACACCCAUUACUUCUGACAGUCUCUCUGCCGAUGCCAAACUUGUACUCGAGGAAGUUACCCGUCUACUUAACCUGGAGAAGAACUUACCGUCAUAUAAGUAUAUGGUUUCCGUUUCGUGUCUCAAGGUCAUUCGUAAAUUACAAAAAUGCGGUCACUUGCCUUCGUUGCCGAAAAUCUACCGGUGCUAUGCUGCUUAUGGCCAAUAUUUGGAUCUGCGUGUUGCCGCCAUGGAGUGUCUGGUGGACUUUGUCAAAGUGGAUGGUCGCUGGGAUGACCUGGACCACUUGAUCACGUUGCUCGAAACGGAUCCCGAUCCUGCAGCACGCCAUGCACUUGCCCAACUGUUGAUCGACAAUCCACCAUUCAGCCGGGAGACGCGCAGCAGCCGAUUGGAUCGGCCAGAGUUGGUAGAGCGAUUGUGGGCAAAUAUGAACAACAAAUUGGCAUUCGACACUAAAUUACGUUGUGACAUGGUGGACUUAUAUUAUGCAUUAUACGGCACGAGACGCCCAAUGUGUCUGCAAUCCGCUGAUGUCAACAAUAUGUAUAAAGAUAUAAUCAAGGAAGGUACGAAGAAAUCGAGCUUUGCCAACACCAGCACAAUUUCUACCAGUGAAGUGAAGACCACUACAAUAAUCAGCGAAGUGAAAAACGAAGUGGUCGAUAUCGUCGAAGAGCACACUUCUAUUACUUCGGUAAAGCGCACUGCUACCGAGGCGUUUGAGGUGGGCAAUGAAAUCAUAAAACUGGAAACGACUGAGGAGGUGACACUCGUUGAGGACAACGACAUGAAGGUGGAGUCAUUCGAAAAUGAGGUGAAGGUUGUAGUUAAGGAGGAAGACGAUGUAACGGUAAAUUCCCCUGAGCACAAGCGUAUGAAAAGUGAAAUCUUCGAGGAAGAUGACAAUUCGGUAACCAUCAUCGAUGUUGGCGAAACCACGGCGAUGAAAGCGGAUAGUAGUUUUGAGGCCAAUAAAACGGACGCCGAAAGGCAUAAGGCCGAAAACUCAUCAAAGCAGAAAAAGAAGAAAAAGGACAAGAAGAAGCACAAACAUAAGCAUAAGCACAAGCACAACAAAGAAAAGGAGCGUGACAAGGAGCGCGAGCGGAAGGAUAAAAAGGACCCGAACAUAUCUCGCAUACAGGCUAAAGAAGCCACUCCCGAAACUCUCAGCUCGGCGGACAGCAGCAACUCAAAUAGCAAUCCGCCGACACUCAAUUUCACAUAAAUAAGCUAAAAAUGAUACAGUUUUAUAUUUUACAUUCUACUUUUGUAUCGGUAAUUUACAAAGAUUACACAUGGAAGUAUAUAUGUAUAUGUAUGUUUAGAAUUUAAAGUUUUCUAGCCGCAUUUCUUAAUUAUGCACAAUGCGUUACAUAUGUGUGUGUGAAUAUAUAACGAUUAUAAUAUAAUUAAUGCAAUGUGUUUGAACUACAAUUUCACGAAAUGCAUUGCAAACGGCAUUUAGUAUAUACAAUA